CGCAGAGCCACACGUGCUGGCUUUUUGAGCACAAGACGUCUGAUCAAUCGUCUGCGGACCGCGACGCCAUCGCUGCGGCAGCGAGAGUGCAAACUGAGAGCUGUGGAAGCCACACACUGUAGCCACUGUGCAGCCACUGUGCCACAGAUCCAUCGCAGCGAUGCAUUUAUACGCCCUACUGCUGGCAGGAGCCACAUCGCUCAAACCACUCACCGGCCGCGUCGCAUUGGUGACGGGCGCAUCUAGGGGAAUUGGCAAGGGCAUCGCGCUGGAGCUCGGCGCCGCCGGUUGUACAGUAUACUGCGCCGCGCGGUCGUCUCGACAGACGGGUUUUGUUUCGGAUGAUCGACCCGUCGCGGCGAGCGUCGGUGAAUUGACGGUGGAGCAGACGGCCGAGGACGUCACUUUGAAUGGUGGCAAAGGCAUUCCAGUGCCCUGCGACUGCUCCGACGAGAAGGCCAUCGAGGAGGUCAUCGCGAGGAUACGUAGUGAUGAAGGGAGACUCGAUGUCAUUGUCCCGUCAGCGUUUGCCACACCCCCGAAACUAGCCGAUGCCGCAUUUCGUGAUGAUUUUUGGAAGCAGGGCAUGGAGAUGUGGGACUGCUGCCACGGGGUCGGUUUAAGGGGCACCUACGCUACUCUGCUCAAAGCGACACCGUUGCUCAUCGAAACCGCACAAAAAUACGAUACAAGGCCGCUCGCUUGUUUAAUCUCUUCCUUCGGCGGCCAGGCGUACACGUUCAACGUGGCCUAUGGGGUCGGUAAAGCGGCUACGGACCGAUUAGCGAGGGAUGCUUCCGCUCAAUUAUCAAAACAUGACGUCGACACGAUAUCCUUGUAUCCUGGUGUUGUUGCAACUGAAGGCAACCUCGAGAUGGAGGAACGCGGCGAGUGGGCCGCCGCGUCGGGUGGCUUGGAUCUGGCGAAGGCCGAGUCUCCUAGAUUCUCGGGGCGGGCGGUCGUCGCAUUGUUGCGACAACCGGAGUACUGCUCCGAAAACACGGGGUCGUACCAGGUCGUGUCCGAGCUGGCGUCGCAGUUUGAUUUUACGGAUGUGGAUGGGCGGCGGGCGCCGUCCAUCAGGUCGCUGCAGUAUUUGGUACCGAACUUCCUGCUGACCGACGCGAAGAUUGCUGACAUGCCAGCGUGGCAGCGGGGGUUGGCUCGGCGGUUCCGGGACGAGUGGACGCCCGAUUAUUUGCUGCCCUGGGGCGUGUUCUCCGGGGGGCCGCCGCCGGAGAAGACGUCAUAAGUUUAUGUUUAG